UGAAGAGCCUGCACGCAGCUCAGGAUGGGCAACCAUGCGGGAAAGCGAGAGGUGGCGGCCGAGAAGGUUGGUAAGAUUGGCAAAAUGAGCGACGGAGGAGAGCCAGAAAAGAGAAGACGUCGCGGCGAGCUUUCCCCGAUGGCCUCGGAAGACAGUGACGUGUUUGGCGAGGCAGAUGGGACUCCGAACAAUGGGACCUCGUCCGAGGACGCGGCGGUGACAGACUCCAAGAGCACAGCGGACCCGAAGAAUGCCUGGCGGGGUGCCCACCCAGCCGGCCCAGGGAGCCGCCCCCACUUGAUCCGCCUCUUUUCCCGAGAUGCCCCAGGAAGGGAGGACAACACCUUCAAAGACAGGCCCUCCGAGUCCGACGAGCUCCAGACCAUCCGAGAAGACAGCACCGCAGCUUGUGAACCCCCAGACGUGAUGGCGUCGCAGAAGAGACCCUCCCAGAGGCACGGAUCCAAGUACCUGGCCUCGGCCAGCACCAUGGACCACGCCAGGCACUUCCUGCCCAGGCACAGAGACACGGGCAUCCUCGACUCCAUCGGCCGCUUCUUUGGUGCCGACAGGGGCGCGCCCAAGCGGGGCUCCGGCAAGGACUCCCACCACACAGCGAGAACAGCGCACUACGGUUCCCUGCCGCAGAAGCGGACCCAAGACGAAAACCCUGUAGUCCACUUCUUCAAGAACAUCGUGACUCCACGCACUCCACCCCCAUCGCAAGGCAAGGGCAGAGGCCUGUCCCUGAGCAGAUUCAGCUGGGCUCUCCAGAGGCAAAAGCGGCAAGAAGUUGAAGUGAGAAAAGUCACAGAGAUGCUCCAUCCAAAAGCCCGUCCCUGCAGGCCGUUUGCAGAAUCUCCUCAUGUUUUUGAAAACAGACCCGAGGGAGGCUGAGCGCCUUGGCCUCUCUGCUUAGCGCGUGCCCACUGGCACGCGUGCCCAUGCCUCAUGGGGCGGGGCUCGGACCUUCUUUGCCACCUGACUUUGUCCCUCACUCCAUCCGAUCGCAUGGAAACCAAAUUUUCUUUUGAAAGCAGGGUCUGGGGCUCCCUGGGCAGCAGCUCUGCGGUGAAGUGCAGGCCAGGCUGCCUGAGUGGAGGCAAUGGGCCAGGCUGUUCCCGCGAGGCACCGCGGUGCAUGGGACAGGGAGGUGGGGGCAGUGGCCAGGACAUGGAGAUUCUGACGCUGAACUCUCCCGUGUCUUGCUGGAAAAGCAGGAGGCGGAAACUUGGCUGGGUCCUGGGAACUGAGGCCUGGGGCCUCAGCAGCCCGCCCCAGAUCGGAGGCCAGCAGGACUUCCCUGGCCUCUCCACAUCCCACGGGCUCACGGUGGAGGCUCCUGCCUGAACACAAGCCGGUCCUGGAACACAGAUUCUGAUGCGGCCCCACAUCUCCAGUGACUGCCCCCACUGCUCCCCCUGGUGGCCAGCAGCACGGCUGCACAAUUGCACAGCUGCACUCCCUCCCUUAGCCUGGCUUAGAAGCUCAAAGA